GAGGCUGUGCCCGGGAGCGAGCGAGCCUCUUCCGACCGCCUGGGAGAGAAGCACCUGUAGCACGCACUCGGAGACUCCUCGAACCCGCGUAGGUACCGUUACACGCUGGCACAAGCUCGGGACCACUGGAACAAUGCUGCUACACCAGCUACCUCUAUGUAACGCACUCCUUGUCGCUGUCGCCGCCAUGGUGGCGGCAAUAGACCCCAACAGCGUUACCGCCACAGCAGAGGGAAUGUCUGGAGAUGGAGAGUACACGACAAGAACAGGAAUGCUGGGUCCAAUUAGCAGCCACACAACUUCUAUGCAAACCACAGUCACUCCAUUUACGACAACUGUGAGAGAGGAGACAUCUGUCAAAAACACCUACACCACCAUCACCAGCUCACUUAUGACAAGUAGCAUCCUGACAUCGACAAGUCAACCCGGUAACACUGUGACAAAACAUCCGCCAGACCCGACAGAUCACAAUCCCACCACAGAUGACACAACUUCGAUGACAACAGUUGAUCCAACAAGAAAUGACAUGACGUAUAUGACAACAACCGGUCAGACCAAUAACUACUUAACAUCAAUGACUACAACUAGUCAGACCAACAACAACGCAUUGAUGACAACAGGUCCGAACAACAAUGACAGAACCUCAAUGACAACAAUGGGCACAUUAAGGCCUACAACUGGUAUGAACAACAAGACAACCAUGAUAAUAACAACUGGUCUGACCAAUAGUGACACAACCUCGAUGGCAACAACCAGUUUGAUCAAAAAUGACACAACUUCCAUAACAACAAUCCACCUGACCAACAACAACACGUUUACAACCGUAGCUGGUCCAACCGUCGGCGACAGAACCUCAAUGACAACAACUGCUCCAACCAACAACAAGACCACUUUGGUGACACCAACCGGUCCGACAAACAGCAACACAGCAGUAACAGCAAUAAUUGGAAUAACCACCAACUCGACAACCAUGACGACAUCUAUGACAACAACUGGUUCAACUAACACUGAUACACCGUUAUUGACAACAAGUAGUCCAAUCAACAAUGACACGUCAGUGACAACUGCUCCAACCAACGACACAAACUCAAUGACAACAACUAGCCUGACCAACAACGACACGACCUCCAUGACAACAAACCACCUGACUAACGAUGACACAUUACUGACAACAACCAACAACAACACGUUUACAACAACAGCUGGUCCAACCGUCGGCGACGCAACCUCAAUGACAACAACUACUCCAACCAACAACAAGACCACCUUGAUGACACCGACCGGUCCGACAAACAACAACACAGCAGUAACGACAACAAUUGGAAUAACCACCAACUCGACAACCAUCAGCCCAACACCGACUCUGACCAUCAAUGGCACAACCUCUUUGGCAACUCCUGCAUGGACAGACAACACCAACACCACCAAAGAUACAACGACUUGGACGACAACUUCCCCUCAUUCCAACAAUGACACAAUUACAGUAUUCGCUACCAGCCCUGGAGAGACUUCCGCCGGUAUCACCACGACUAGUCCCACACCCUCAACGGCAAAAUCAGGAGCAACCACCCCUGGACCAACAAGCAGCAUCACCCAAACCACAACCAACAACGCCACGCAAACCUCACCCCACCCCACCAUGGGUCCAAUUAUAGUUUGUCCCGCGGAACAGUGUCCCCUUGAAAGCGUCUGCCUGAACGGAACCUGCCAGUGUCUCUCUGGAAGCUUCUUGGUGGGCAACCGUUGCACCCGCGCUCAAAUGUUUCCUGGGCAACUCCACCUCACCUCCUUGACGUUUAACAAAGAAAUGUUGAACAGGUCCUCCAAAGCAUUCCAGGACACAGCAGCAGACAUCUCGGCGGUGCUCGCUGGUGCCUUUGCUGGUCAGCCGGGAUACCUCCGCUGUGACGUGGUGAAGCUAGCCCCGGGAAGCGUCAUCGCCACCGUCAACAGCGUCUUUGACAACACGGCGGCCUCUCAAGAGGCAAUCGACCAGGUCAUCAAGGAUGCCAUCGGGAACAGCUCCCAAGGCUUGCUGGUCAACGCUACAUUUAGCGGCACGAAAUUGUGCGAUCAAGUGCCACUUCCUUGCGACGCCGCCUCCACGGUGUGCACCAGUGCCAAUGGCCACGUGGGUUGCUCCUGCAAAGGCGGCUACGUUUCCACUGUGUACUCCAACAUCAGCUGCAAGGCUUGUCCAAGCGGGCAGGAAGUGGUGGGCAACAUCUGCCAGAAAUGUGCUUUCGGAUACGCAGGCUUCAACUGCACUGACUCCUCUCUGCUGGCGGUGGUCGUUGUCUCCUGCGUUUUAGGCGGAGUUCUACUCAUCUUGAUUUUGGCUUUGCUCUCUUUCUGCUGCUGGCGGAGAUGCUCUGGCGGCCAGGCAGAGCACAGCGACGCCAGCCCGUACCCAGCGGGCGAGCUGACCAAACCUUGGCCGGUCGGCAUAACGCCCAUUCCACGUGCUAACACUGCAGGCACCUGGGACGCAGCAUCCGCCAUGGAGAUGAUGGACAAACGGCAUCACGGCAACGGCAUGGGCUUUCAUCCGAAGGUGAGAGGAUGGAAAAAGUCGGGUUCGUACGAUCUCAACCCGGACGGCAUGAAGACCUUCAAAAGUAAAAACCCAUCGGGCUACUCGUACCUGGUGCAAGGCCAUGAAAAUCCAUACUUCCUGCCUGGUGACGACAAGAAAAACUGACACAGCUUCCCCCAACCCUCCCUGAUGAACGUUUAAAACAUUUUUAUUUUUUAAAUCAAAUAGGACAACAACGAAGAGUUGCGCGAAGUUGACCAUUGUGAUUUUUUUUCUUCUCCUCGUCGCCUUGAAAAUGUUGGAAUUGUGCGACAUUUCAUGUCCAAUGAAUGGUUGAUUACUUGUGGCUUACUAUUAUAACGAUGAUGAUGAUUAUUAAGAAUUAUAAUGACAAAAUAAGGGCUGGCCCCUCAUUCUAAAUGCCGGUGAAGGGAUUGAUUUUUUUUUUUUUUUUUUUAAAUUUAGCACUCUAAAACUUGUAAAACGAUGUAUAAUAGGAACUGUGUUAGUUCUUGCGGUGCAUGUGCCAACUAUCACUAUUGUCAUCAUACUGCUCGUCUUUGCUUGUGUUUUACAAGUGUGUACAGUUUUCUUUUUUGUAAAUAAUUGCACAUCAACAAAAAUAAUAAAUUAAUUUAAACAAAUAGAAGUCCUCCUUGUUUAUUCCUGUUGAUUUAUUUUAAUUUAUCCUUCAUAAAACAAAUUUGGGUGUGCAAAAAUAAUUAUGCCAUGACACAAUGUGUCUUCAGUGUCCACCAAUCUACAUACAAGUACUGCACUGAGUCUACCUUUGCCCUUUUUAAGGCAACGUCCGAACACGCUAGGUCCCCAAAACAAGGGUACACUGCAAUUCUUUAGCUUCAGCUAUUUAAGGUAUUAUGCCACCAUACUUGAUGCCCAAAACAAUAUGAGUAUGAAACAACUACUUGGGUGCCCGUCACACUUUACUGUGCUGGCCCAUAACGUGUCUUCAGCGUCCCCCAAUCAACAUACUGCACUGGGUCUGCCUUCGCCCCUUAUCAGCAGCAGAGUCCUACCCAAGUCGGUGCCCGGGGUGAGAUUCUAUUCGGCGCCUCCUCCAUUGCUGAUUUACGUUUAUAAAAGAAAUCCCAUAGCAUUUUUGUUACAAUUUUUCUUUAAUGUAUAACAUGUCACCCAAUUAAAAAUAGAAAAUAAAAUGUAAAAUAAUGUAAUUAUAAUUUAAAUUCUAAAAAAAACCUGAUACAUACAUUAUGUUGUUAUUAUUAUUACACAUGCACACGCACAGAGAGAGCGAGAGAGAGAGAGAGACGUACAGUGAUACAAGGUUGGCAUCUGCUGUUGCAUGUACUUAAACAUGGAGCAAACUCCAAAAGCUGCAUGUUGUCUAUGAUAAAUCAGACUUAAUCUCAGCCACCAGGUCACAGCAACAUAGUGGCUGACAUCCAUAAAUAAUGAAUAUGACAUGCAUGUACUGUAUGUGCCAUGUACUGUAAUUAAAUAUGUGGACCAGCUCCCAAUCCUCAGAUUUAUUAUGCAAACCCCAACCCUCAGAUUUAGUAUGCAAAACCCAAUUACAAUGAAGUUGGUACAUUGUGUAAAAUGUAAAUAAAAACAGAAAACAGUAAGUCAUUUUCAAGCCAUUCUUACUUGAUGUACAAAUUGAGUUGCUCAACAGUCCAGCGUCUCCAUUGUCGUAUUUUGUACUAAAAAAUAUGCAACCAAUUUUCAAUGGGAGACAGGUCAGGACUCCUGGCAGGCCACUACAGUACUGGUACUCUUUUACUACAAAGCCAUGCUAUUGUAACACGUGCAGAAUGUGGCUUGGCAUUGUCUUGCUGAAAUAAACAGGGACAUCCCUGAAAAAGAUGUUGCUUGGAUGGCAGCAUAUGUUGCCCCAAAACCUCUAUGUAACAAAACAUGUAACACAUUGUAUACCUGUGUGUACCUGCAGAGAACACAUUUUGUGUACAUGCAUGCAUGUUCAUGACAAUAAAAGGUGAUUCUUCUUCAUUCUU